GUCGAGAAUAUCGGCCCAUGUAAUUACGACUACAACUUCAAGUGUCAAGGCACUCGCACACUUUCCAGAAUUGCCAUACGUCAUGUCACCCACACUCUGUAUUGCGAAGUCCAUGAGACUCUCAUGCGCGAAGACGCGCUGUCCCGCCAUUGUACGCUGCCUAUCGACCGGUAGCACAUCUCCCUCCGAGCAGGGUUCCAAGAAGCUCAAAACCUUGACAAAGGAGCAACGAGAAUAUCUGUCGUCAGCUCUCCGUGUCAACCAAGCAGGAGAACUGGCGGCCACCCUCAUCUACACCGCGCAGACGCCUCCCAUAACGAACAGACAUCCGCAUCUUCGCCCUUUAAUGUCCCACAUGUACGAGCAGGAAGCCGCGCAUCUACGGACCUUCAACGGCCUCAUCCACAAACACCGAGUACGACCCACGGCGCUGUAUCCCCUGUGGAGCGUCAUGGCCACGGGCCUGGGAUGGGGCACAGCCGUCAUGGGGCGCGAGGCGGCCAUGGCGUGCACGGAAGCCGUGGAGACGGAGAUUGGGGGCCAUUACAACGCCCAGAUCCGAGAGCUGCUGGAGAUGAUCACGACGUGGAAGCAGGAGGGGUACGACGUGGGUAGCGAGGUGGAAGAGUUGGUCCAGACGCUGAGGAGGAUACGGGACGAGGAGCUAGAGCAUCUGGACCAUGCGGUCGAGCACGACGCCAAGAAGGCUGAGCCGCAUUGGCUGCUGACCAACGUGAUACGGGCUGGUUGCAGAGGAGCCAUCUGGGCGAGCGAGCGGGUUUGAUCUAAUCGGGGCCAUGUUUCGCACGUGUUUAUGUAUAUAUAGAUGUACCAACCCUUUUGUAGUACCAU